AUGUCUAUCAAACAACAUAAAGUUGUCCAUGAAGCUCAAGGCGUUGAAGUCCGUCAAGCUCCAGACCAUUUCUACAAUAGUCAACCAGGAGCCAGUUAUAUCAAUGACAUGGAUCACUACCGUCAAUUAUAUGAUCAAUCUAUCAAUGAUCCUGAAAAAUUCUUUGGUGAAAAAGCCAAUGAAUUUUUAGCAUGGGAUAAACCAUUCACAAAGGUCAAAUCUGGUUCAUUGGAACAUGGUGAUGCUGCAUGGUUCUUAAAUGGUGAAUUGAACGCUUCUUAUAAUUGUGUCGAUAGACAUGCGUUCGUGGAUCCAAAUAAACCUGCUAUCAUUUAUGAAGCUGAUGAUGAAAAUGAAAAUAGAACUAUCACAUUUGGUGAAUUAUUAAGACAAGUGUCUCAAGUAGCUGGUGUCUUGAAAAGUUGGGGUGUUAAGAAAGGUGAUACAGUUGGUGUUUAUUUACCAAUGAUUCCUGAAGCUAUUGUUGCCAUGUUGGCCGUCGCACGUCUUGGUGCUAUUCAUUCCGUCAUAUUUGCCGGUUUUUCUGCAGGUUCUUUGAAAGAUCGUAUCGUGGAUGCCGGUUGUAAAGUAGUUAUAACUUGUGAUGAAGGUAAAAGAGGUGGUAAGACCGUUCAUACUAAGAAGAUUGUUGAUGAAGGUUUGAAUGGUGUAGAUUCUGUUUCUCAUAUCUUGGUUUUCCAAAGAACUGGUUCUGAAGGAAUCUCCAUGAAGGCAGGCAGAGAUUUUUGGUGGCAUCAAGAAAUUGAAAAGCAAAGAAGAUACUUGCCAGCUGUUCCAUGCAAUGCUGAAGAUCCAUUAUUUCUAUUAUAUACUUCUGGUUCCACUGGUACUCCAAAGGGUGUUGUUCAUACCACUGGUGGUUAUUUAUUAGGUGCAGCAUUAACUACAAGAUAUGUCUUUGAUAUUCAUCCAGAAGAUGUGUUAUUCACCGCUGGUGAUGUUGGUUGGAUUACUGGUCAUACUUAUGCAUUAUAUGGUCCAUUAGUUCUAGGUACCGCAACUAUCAUAUUUGAAUCUACUCCUGCAUAUCCGGAUUAUGGGAGAUAUUGGAGAAUCAUUGAACGUCAUAGAGCUACGCAUUUCUAUGUAGCACCAACUGCGUUAAGAUUAAUUAAACGUGUAGGUGAAGCGGAAAUUGCCAAAUAUGAUACAUCUUCAUUAAGAGUUCUUGGAUCUGUUGGUGAACCUAUUUCUCCAGAUUUAUGGGAAUGGUACCAUGAAAAAGUUGGUAAUAAAGAUUGUGUGGUUUGUGACACUAUGUGGCAAACUGAAUCUGGUUCUCAUUUAAUUGCACCAUUAGCUGGUGCAGUUCCAACUAAACCUGGCUCUGCUACAGUUCCAUUCUUUGGUAUUGAAGCUUGUAUAAUUGAUCCUGUCACUGGUGUUGAAUUGGAAGGCAAUGAUGUGGAAGGUGUCUUAGCAGUUAAAAACACAUGGCCAUCCAUGGCUAGAUCUAUUUGGAAUAACCAUAGUCAUUAUAUCAACACAUACUUGAAGCCAUAUCCAGGUUAUUACUUCACAGGUGAUGGUGCAGGUAGAGAUCAUGAUGGUUAUUAUUGGAUUAGAGGUAGAGUAGAUGAUGUUGUUAACGUUUCAGGUCAUAGAUUAUCUACAGCAGAAAUUGAAGCAUCCUUAGUUAACAAUGAACAUGUUUCUGAAGCUGCAGUUGUUGGUAUUGCUGAUGAAUUAACUGGUCAAGCGGUUGUUGCAUUUGUUUCCUUAAAGAAAUCAUUUGUUCAAGAAAAUGCAGAAGAGGGUGAUUUUGAACAUGCAACGCCAACUGAAUUACGUCGUGAAUUGAUCUUACAAGUGAGAACAGAAAUUGGACCAUUUGCGGCUCCUAAGAAUAUUGUAUUAAUAAGAGAUUUACCAAAGACAAGGUCUGGUAAGAUUAUGAGAAGAGUUUUGAGAAAAAUUGCAUCUAAUGAAGCGGAUCAAUUAGGAGAUUUAUCUACUUUGGCUAAUGCUGAUAUUGUUCCAUCUAUUAUAACAGCUGUUGAAAACCAGUUUUUGGCAGCCAAAAAAUGA